AUGCUUGGCGCUUUAAGGUGGGAGUAUGAAGGAAUGGAAAAUCACGGCCUGCUUCGGAGUCCAGAGAGACCGGAAUGUAUUCGAGUGAUUCGAAUUUCGAGAGAGAUUCUACAGCCAACUUAUCAAAUGUUAGGACUCAAGAAUGAUUUCCACAUCUCUGUGUAUGAGCCUAAAAAGGAGUUGGAGAUGCCAAAAGAAAGGGAUGUUAUUGAUGAUACUUAUUGGUUUGAUUUUUACAAGAAAGGGAUGGACUAUUAUUCGUUUCAUCCUCCCAAAAUCAUUAGAAACAAGCCUCCGACGGAGCUUGCGAAAUUCGAGAUCAAACAUGGUGGAGAGCAUUUUGAAGGAUUGAAUUGGGAAGUGAUGGUGGUUUUCCAUAAUAUAGACAAUGCUUCUAGUUAUCCAAAUGGAAGAAUAAUGGUAUACAGUGAGACUCUUACAAAUCCAGACAUUACAGAUGCGCAUUUGGCAUUUACACUUGGUCACGAGACUCCCAUCUUCAAUUUCUUUUCCAGGAGGAUGGAAGCGGAAGCGGAUCGUAUAGGAAUGUUUAUGGCUGCAGCUGGCUAUGACCCGAUCCAUGCCCCAGAGUAUUUCCAGCUAAUUGAUGAUGGUACAGAUUGCGAUUUCUGGUCUACUCAUCCUUCUGCAAAGAAAAGAGCUGAGAUGCUGAGAAAGGAUGAUGUGAUGAGGAAAGCUGAUGAGCUAUUCAAGCUAGUCAGAAACUCAAAGUUUAUCCAUGAAUUGAACAGUGCUCCAAUUUAUAUGAAGAAAUCAUAUCGAUUAUUAUAG